AUGGAAUCAGAACUAAGACAGAGGUCUGUUACUGAAGAUCACGAGAGUGACAUUGAUCAAUUAUCAAUUGCAAGUGAACAUCAUUUAAGUAAAAAAUCAUCAACAAUUUUUACCAUUGACACGACUCCGUUAGCUCCUCCAAAUGAAAAUGAUAUAGAUCUUUUCACUAGUGAUAAAUACCAUUUUAGCAUGAUCAGAAAUCUGCACAUGGCCGAUUUCAUUACAAUGUUAAAUGGGUUUAGUGGUUUCUAUUCCAUUGUAUCGUGUCUCAGAUUCACAUUGACUAAAAAAUCAUAUUAUGUGCAGAGAGCACAUUUGUUUAUUUUCUUAGGAACAGUGUUUGAUUUCUUAGAUGGUAGAGUCGCAAGAUUGAGAAAUAGAUCAUCAUUAAUGGGACAAGAAUUAGAUUCUUUAGCAGAUUUAAUUUCCUUUGGUGUCGCUCCAGCUUCAAUUGCCUUCGCUAUUGGCUUCCAAACUACAUUAGAUGUCUUUAUACUAUCCUUUUUUGUACUAUGCGGUCUUUGUAGGCUCGCAAGAUUCAACGUUACUGUUGGUCAAUUACCAAAGGACAAGAAAGGUAAAUCUAAGUUUUUCGAAGGUUUUCCAAUGCCAACAACUCUUUUCGAAGUUUGUGGUAUGGAAUUAUUGAUUAAAUUGAAUCGAUUCAACGAUGAAGUUCCAUUUGGAAUCAUUAGAAAAGGUAAAUUCUUGGAAUUUCAUCCUUUGGUGCUAAUUUUUUCCUUCAUGGAUGUGGUAUGA